AUGAGUGAAGAUAGCAGCGAUGGGUCCAUUGAUAUAGGACGGCAACUACAGGAGUCUGACGAGCGAAACAAGAGGAAGAGAGACGAAGUGGCAGCCGAGGAGUCUGAGUCGUCAUCGAUGAGUAACCGUGCUGCCCAAGUCCUGGCCCCAGUCGCAUUCGCAGUCCCAUUUGCAGUUGCAGCCCCAGUCGCAGCCCCAGUCGCAGCUUCUCUCCCUCGUCCACGUCUAAGCUUGCAUGAAAUACAACACCGACACCAGAUGCAGAUACAGCAACUGCAUCAACAGCAUGCUCUUGUAGUGCCGCACCAGCUUUGGAAUACUACGACGAUGAUUUGGCCAAGACAUGUACAUGGGCAACUCAAAGCCCAGGAGUUACGGGAACGACCACCACGUCAUAGGACGACUCCUUCGCCUAAGGAACAUGCACGUUCUACCUCCGCCUCUCCCUUACAGAGAUCGGCAUCCGCCUCUCCCUUACAGAGAUCGGCAUCACCGGCAAUGAGGAAGGCUGCCAAGGAAGCUGCCAAACAGGUUCAAAAGAAGAAGAAAGAAAGCGAAAAGAUUGCCAAGAAGCGGAGGCGCUAG